AUGCCGGAUUGGCCAGCUUGGCACUUUGAUUCAAAGGGCCUAUUCUUAGUGAAAUCAGCAUAUAAGGUUGCAACGCAGAAUCGGGACAAUGUGGCUGGAAGGAAUGCGGAGGUGUCGGUGGGGGGUGGAACAGCGGAAGCUCAAUUCCCAUGGCACAAGAUCUGGCAGCAGAAGGUGCCCAACAAGGUCCAAAUGUUCCUGUGGUCGAGGAAAGAAGUUGCUGAAAAGUUAUGGACAAUGCCACCCGAGAAGCAACUGAAGAUCGUGGUGUGGCUGUGGAGAUGGUGGACGGCGAGGAACAAGGCAAAUGCGGGUGAAAGAGUGCAAAGUGCUAGGGAGGUAUGCAACUCAGUUCAAUACCACCUAAGCGAAUUUGCAAAAUUAAAAGGACCAGAGAAACAGCGUGAUCAACCACAGAAAGUGAAGUGGAAGCCAGCACCGGAUGAGCAAUACAAGUUGAAUGUGGAUGCGGCCUUCUCAGCUCUAACAAGGAAGGGAGGAUGGGGCUGUGUGGUGAGGAACAAUGCAGGUGCUGUACUGGACAUUGGGGCAGGCAACAUCCAAAGAGCAAGAAGUGCUCUUCAUGCUGAUGCCUUGGCUGCCCUAUAUGGCUUGGAGAGAGCAGAACAGCUCGGGAUGACAAGGAUAAUCUUGGAGACAGAUGCUUCAAACUUAGGCAAGGCACUGACAACAAUUCUGAUGGAUAGUGGCCCGGAAGGGGCUCUGUUUAGGCAGAUUCGGUUUGCAAUGGCUAGAAACUUUGUUUCAUGCUCCAUCUCAAUCCGUCCUAGAUCAUGUAAUAGAGUGGCUGAUUGUAUGGCCAGCCAUGGUGUAGCUGCCUAUCCUGAUGGAGGACGAGCGUUCUGGUGCCAGGCACCAAACUUUGUAAACGAAUUUGUCUCCGGCGAUUUGCAUGGAGCUCUUGGUUUAUAA